CCCUAUGUCUGCCUUAGGAAUGUAGGUACGUUCUACCUUUGGAGGAGAUAGAUUUACUUAGACAUGAGCGGCUACUGAAAAUAAAAAGCUCUUGAUUUAUCGUGCUUUAGAGGUGAGAGCGUACGUAUAUAGUAGGUUACCUUAGGUAGGUAGGUAGGUACAUAGUUCCCUUAUGCCUGUCUCUUCUCAGAUGAGUAAGUCUUGUGAAAUUUGAAUAGCACAGCUCAACACCUCUUUCCUAUUUCUCAGCAAGUAUCGCGUGGAUGAGGCCAUAGAAUGAAUGGGAUCUCGGCUUGAUUGUGCAGUCCCCACGACGCGGUUGUAACUACGCCGAUGCCAUCCACCGCGAAUGAUACAUAACGCAUUCUCAGUUGUCCUUAUCAGAACCAUCGUUAGAAUUUUAUAAGUCAGCAUAUCGAAAGGAUACGCACCAGGAUCCUGGGCCAUGAAGUUCUCGUUUUCUUCAAGACGCCAGUCACGCAACGGGUGAUCUUCCUAUAUAAAAUGACGACCGUCAGUGAGCCGGCGGAUCCCCUCGCCAAAGGCAUAGUUGCAACCGCAAAGCAAUCCUGGAGCGAUCUCUUCCGAUGGAAGCAGAGAGUCCUGGUUACGAACGAGCUCGGCGAGUCGGAUACGGUGUGGCAGUCACCGGAGAAGCUGAGAAACCCCGUCUCGCUUUUGAUGAUGUUAAGUGCGAGAGAUUGGAUUUACUUUCUUGUAGGUUUAUUCGCGUGGACCGCCGAUGCCUUCGACUUUCACGCCUUGGCGAUCCAGACGGUCAAGCUUUCGCGUUAUUACGAGCGUAGCAAGACUGAUAUCACCACCGCCAUUACCUUGACGCUGCUUUUGCGAUCCGUCGGUGCUGCCGUAUUCGGUCUUCUUGGUGACCGGUUUGGUCGAAAAUGGCCGAUGGUCACCAAUUUGAUUUUUCUUGGUCUCUUGCAAAUCGCGACUAUCUACAGCGUCACAUUUCAGCAGUUCCUCGCUGUGCGAUCUCUCUUCGGCCUGUUCAUGGGGGGCGUGUACGGCAACGCAGUGGCCAUGGCUCUCGAAAACUGCCCGACUGAAGCGCGUGGUCUCAUGAGCGGUAUCCUGCAGCAAGGGUACGCUCUCGGGUAUGUUCUCGCCGCGUGCGCGAACCUUGGAGUCGGGGGCGAUACGGAUACGUGGAAGACGGUCUUCUGGAUCGCGUCUGGCCUUUCUAUCGGUGCUGGCCUCCUCCGCUGCGUGUUCCCGGAGUCGAGGCAGUUUAUAGAAGCCAAGGAUGCCGGUCAGCACAUCACAGCCAACGACUUCUGGAAGGAGACCAAGUCGAUGAUUGCCAAAGAGUGGCGCAUGUGCGUCUACUGCGUUUUCCUGAUGACGUGGUUUAAUUACUAUGCGCACGCUAGCCAGGACAGCUAUACGACGUUCAUGCUAGAGUCCAAGGAGCUCCCAAACGAUGCUGCUACGCGAGCCAGCAUCCUUAUGAACACGGGAGCUUGCGUCGGCGGCACUAUCGUCGGCUACCUUUCUCAGUUUAUCGGACGUCGUAGAGCCAUCAUCGGUGCGGCGCUCAUCAGCUGCUGUCUUAUUCCGGCCUGGAUCUUGCCCUCGGAAGAAUCAGGACUCUCGGCUUCCGGGUUUGCGAUCCAGUUCUUCGUCCAAGGAGCCUGGGGCGUUAUCCCGAUCCACCUGAACGAACUGUCGCCGCCUGCUUACCGGUCUACUUUUCCAGGCCUCGCUUACCAGCUUGGCAACUUAGUCUCGUCCCCGGCAGCGCAGAUAGUCAAUGCCAUAGCCGAGAGCCAUUUUGUUACUGGUAAGAGUGGAAAGCUAGUUGAUGGGUACGGACCGACUAUGGGGAUUGCCCUGGCGAUCGUCGCUGUCGGUAUUACGAUUACAACCGCGCUAGGCCCUGAGAGACGUGGUAGAUCUUUUGAGGAUGCCGGACCUGCUGGGGCUAACACCUAUAACAACGUUGGGAAGGUCGUGGAUAAUGGGUCGAUCACCGAUUCUACUAGAGUUCGUGACGCGGAGAAAUUUGAAGUAUAAAUAUGCUGACGAGUAACAUGAGGGCUAAGACUUUGAAUUUCGCUGGAUAUCACCGGAGGGCCCUUCAUUAUCUAGAUACGUCGGUAUAUAUAUCAUAAAGGAGGAUUUUAAGCCGAGGAUUCUGAAGAUUCCAGGCGGCGUAUCCAUCAAAUAUAACUGAUUGCCUC